AUGGAUAAUUUCAUAUAUUUUCAGGAAGCACAAACGGUACAAACAGAACCGUUGGAUUUAUCGGUGCGGAAAGUGAGUGAGGAACGAAUACAAUUACAGAAUUUAUCAAUUAAUGAAACGAAUAAAGGACUGAUGGAAAGUUUCCCUCAAUCAUCGCAUUUGAGUGCUCAUAAGAAGACGCAUACUCGUGAAAAGCCGCACAGUUGUACGAUAUGCGGGAAAAGUUUCUUUGAUUCAUCGCAUUUGAUAAGACAUAACAUGAUUCAUACCGGUGAAAAGCCGCACAGUUGUACGAUAUGCAAUCAAAGUUUUUCUCAAUUUACGGAUUUGAAAAGACAUAUCAGGAUUCAUACCGGUGAAAAGCCAUACAGUUGUACAGUAUGCAAUAAAAGUUUCUCUCAAUCAUCGGUUUUGAGCAGGCAUAUCAGAACUCACAGCGGUGAAAAGCCGUACAGUUGUAUGAUAUGCAAUCAAAGCUUCUCUCAAUCAGCGCAUUUGAUAAGACAUGAAAGGAUUCAUACCGGUGAAUAG